CUUCCUAUAUAAACCCCAGGGUGAGUUAUGUUCGAGCAGUCUUCAGUCUCCAACUUGGAAUAAUGUUUGCUCCAGUCAAGAAACUCCUAGCUGCCCUGUGGCUUCUACUCCUCCUAGGAUACACGGCCGCCCAGGGCUUUGGCAGAGGGGGAGGUUAUGGAGGUGGACGACGAGGAUCUUACGGAGGUCGUAGAGGAUCGUACGGCGGAGGUCGCCAGGGAUCUUUCGGACGGGGAGGACAAAACUACGGUGGAUACGGACAAGGAUAUGGUGGAUACGGUGGCCUCAACAUCGGCUAUGGGGGCAAUCCGUACUACGGAUAGUCCCAUGAUCUUCAGAGCUUAACCGUAUUGUAAUUACAGAAUUUACUUAAUUCGCUUCAAACUUAUUGUUUUGUCUGUCAAAUAAAUGUUGUUUGUAUA